AUGGAUAUACGCCCAAAUCAUACACUGUAUGUAAAUAAUUUAAAUGAUAAAGUGAAAAAGAAUGAUUUGAAAAAAGCACUGUACUAUAUUUUCAGUCAACAUGGCCGAUUAAUUGAUAUUAUUGCGAUGAAAACAAUGAAAAUGCGUGGACAAGCAUUUAUUAUUUAUCAGGAUAUCGCAUGUGCAACACAAGCUUAUCGAUCACUGCAAGGCUUUCAGUUAUUUCAACGACCUAUGAGAGUAACCUAUGCUAAAAAGGAUUCUCAACAAAUUAUAUGCUUAAAAGGUGUCAGUGCUGAAGUUCAAAAGAGACGUGAAGAGGAACGUGAAAAACGGAAACGGAAGAAAUUGGCUCAACGUGCAGCGGCAGCAGCCGCAGCUUUACAAGCAGCUAACCAAUCGGUAAACGGACCGGCUGGCACUGGUGGAGAUAUUAAUGCUCUGUUAGAUCAACCGAAUCACAUACUAUUUGUUAGCAAUCUACCAGAAGAAACUACUGAUGCUAUGCUUACCAUGUUAUUCAGUCAAUUUUCCGGUUUCAAAGAGGCCCGUAGAGCUGCUGGUGGUGUUGGCUUUGUAGAAUAUGAAACUGAAUCACAAGCAGCUGCGGCACGAUCAGCCUAUGAAGGAUUCAAGUUGACACCGACACACGCUAUGCAGAUUACUUUUGCAAAGAAAUAA